AUGCCUGAUUUUGAACUUGUCAGGACUGAUUCUACUGGACUCAAGAAACUUGGGCUUCAUAAAGGAAUCCAGUGGACCACCUGCACAGUAGUCAUGGAUGUUACUGUGGUAGCAAGUCGUUCAUGCAGCAGCAGAAGCUGUAGUGGUCAGUGUUGUGGACCACCUCAGCAGAAGCUGUGCAAGGCCUCCCCAGUAGUGGCAACACAGAUUUCUGCCAUCAGCACAGGCAUAGGCAUAGAGCAACUCAGCCGACGAGGACUCAGUGCUUCCUUUCCUUCCUUUGCAGCAGACAUGCCUGCGUGGAACCCUGUCCUCAACCAGUCGGGCCCCACCGAGUUCGUGUUCCGCGUGUUCACCACCGUCCCUGGAUUCCGGGCCCUUCUCUUCCUGCUCUUCCUCCUCCUCUACCUGAUGAGCAUUUGGGGCAACACAGCCAUCAUCUGGCUGGUGUGCACGCACAGCUCCCUCCGCACACCCAUGUACUUCUUCCUGUCCAACCUGUCCUUUGUAGAGAUCUGCUACAGUACCACUGUGGUGCCCUUGAUGCUUUCCAACAUUUGGGGACCCCAAAAGCCCAUUCCGCUGGCUGGCUGCAGGGCCCAAAUGUUCUUUUUCGUCACCCUUGGUGGUGCUGACUGUUUCCUCCUGGCAGUCAUGGCAUACGACCGAUAUGUGGCCAUCUGCCACCCCUUGCACUACACCCUCAUCAUGACCCAGAGGCUGUGCAUGCAGAUGGUGGCGGGCGCCCUGGGCCUGGCCCUGUUCCUGUCCCUGCAGCUCACGUCGUUAAUCUUCACCCUGCCCUUCUGCGGGCACUGCCGGGAAAUCAACCACUUCCUCUGUGAUGUGCCUCCAGUCCUGAGCCUGGCCUGUGCUGACAUCCACGUGCCGCAGGCUGUCCUCUAUGUCGUAAGUGUCCUCGUGCUGACCGUCCCUUUCACCCUUAUUUCCAUCUCGUAUGUGUUCAUCACCGCCGCCAUCCUGCGCAUGCGCUCUGCCCAGGGCCGCCGCCGCGCCUUCUCCACCUGCUCCUCCCACCUCACCAUGGUCCUGCUGCAGUACGGCUGCUGCGCCUUGGUGUACCUGCGUCCCCAGGCCAGCUCCUCGGUGGAUGAGGACCACCAAAUCGCCUUGGUCUACACCUUUGUCACCCCCUUACUCAACCCUUUGAUUUACACCCUUAGGAACAAGGAUGUCAAAGGUGCUUUGAGGAAUGCCAUCGUCCAUCGUCGCCNCUGUGCUGACAUCCACGUGCCGCAGGCUGUCCUCUAUGUCGUAAGUGUCCUCGUGCUGACCAUCCCUUUCACCCUUAUUUCCAUCUUGUACGUGUUCAUCACCGCCGCCAUCCUGCACAUGCGCUCUGCCCAGGGCCGCCGCCGCGCCUUCUCCACCUGCUCCUCCCACCUCACCAUGGUCCUGCUGCAGUACGGCUGCUGCGCCUUGGUGUACCUGCGUCCCCAGGCCAGCUCCUCGGUGGAUGAGGACCACCAAAUAGCCUUGGUCUACACCUUUGUCACCCCCUUACUCAACCCUUUGAUUUACACCCUCAGGAACAAGGAUGUCAGAGACGCCCUGAAAAGGGCCAUCGGUACCAAAGGGACAUCUGAAGCUCUUUGA